AUGCAGCUGUCUAUACUGGUAUUGGCCCUGUGCUGGGCUUAUCCUGCUUCGAUUUAUCUUUCCUACCUCUUCUCCAGACUCGCCAUCGCCAUUUGGCAGAAGCAUGAAGACGGCGCUGCAACGCCUUGGUACAAGAAAAACCGUCGAACCGCAUUUACAGCCAUAUUCUGGCUUCAGCUGCUGCAAUGUGUCAAUCUGACAAUAUGCGCCAGCGUCAUCGGUUACCUUGUCAGCGAUAGCUCUAAAACUGCCGCAUGGUGGAUUAACAAGGAAUACAUGGCGUCGAAUAUUGCGGUUUUGAUGUUUCUCGUUGCCGGCUUACUCCCAGACCCUGACGAGCCAUUCACCCCGUCCCUAUCGCACUCCCACGCAUGGAGUCUGGCCACGAUCACAGAGGCUCUUCAAAUAGUCAUGUUCUGUUUUCAGUUUGGUAAAGAUCCCACGAAUGCCGGCCUAGAACGCCUCGAACUAGGCCUCGUCAUGCUACGAAUGGGUGUCUUUGUUGCCAUGAUCGCUCUAUACCUUCAGCCGAUGUAUGCCUGGUCGCAUAUUAAGCUUGGUGAAACCGAUCCUCUGCUAGGGGAGAUGGCCGCACAACCUGUGCGAGAUGCUCAGCAUGGUGGCUGGCUAGACUAUGUCACCGGUUUCAGUACUCUCUUUCCAUUCCUAUGGCCAUCCGACUCGCGUCGAUUACAGUUACGAGCUAUCUUCUGUUUUUUCCUCUUGGUCCUACAGCGAGGUGUGAAUAUCAUGGUACCGCAUCAGCUAGGUCUUGUCGUUGGCUCUCUAGGCUCAGGAACGAUCCCAUACAAGAAUCUCGCAAUCUAUAUCAUCUUACGUGGACUGCAAGGCCAACAAGGAGUGAUCGGAUCAAUCAGGGCCUUACUUUGGAUAAGCGUCAGCCAAUCUACAUACCGAAGGCUCACAUCCUCCGCAUUCGAGCACGUCCUCUCACUCUCUCUUGAAUUUCAUUUAGGCAAACGCAUUGGAGAGGUCAUGAGCGCUCUAAGUAAGGGCAGUGCCUUGAACACCUUUUUGGACGGCCUGGUUUUCCAACUGUUCCCCAUGGUGGCUGAUUUGUGGAUUGCUGCCGUAUAUUUUUUGAUUGAAUUCGGCGCUUUUUACGCAUUAAUGGUUAUUGCAGUCACCUGGUUGUAUCUGUUUGUUACUAUCUACAUGGCCAAGUACCGUGGCAGAGCCCGACGAGACAUGGUAAAUCGUGAACGUGAGAUGGAGGCUGCGAAGACGGAUGCUCUUAUGUCCUAUGAGACUGUUCACCACAACUCUGCCGUACCCAACGAACUCAGCCGCUUUAAUGGACUGAUUAAAUCUUUCCAAGGAGCCGAGUACUUUGUGUUCUUCUCCUUAAACAUGCUAAAUGUCACACAGAACUUAUUGUUUACAGCAGGAGUUGCCAUUGUCUGUCUACUCUGCGCGUACCAAAUAUCCGCAGAUAUGCAGAAGGUUUCCAUGUUUGUCACCUUGAUCACCUACCUGGCUCAGUUACAGGCUCCCUUGAACUUCUUUGGGAGUUUCUAUACUCAAGUCCAAAACAAUUUGAUCGAUGCUGAGCGAAUGCUGGCUUUGUUUAAAGAGAAGCCCCUGAUUCAAGAUGCAGACGACGCUAUGCCUCUGAACUACUGCAAAGGCCGAGUCGAGUUCAAGAAUGUAAAUUUUGCAUACGAUGAGCGCCGCCCAGCUCUUCGAGAUGUUAGUUUUGUUGUUGAGUCUGGCACUUCGACUGCCAUAGUGGGAGAAAGUGGUAGCGGGAAAUCUACCAUUUUGAAACUACUGUUCCGAUUUUAUGAUGUCGCUGGCGGAUCAGUUCAUAUCGAUCAGAUGGACCUCCGAGAUAUGACCGUGGCAAGUCUACGCAGUCACCUAGGUGUGGUGCCGCAGGAUGCAAUCUUGUUCAACGAUACCAUUCUUUAUAACUUAUUAUACGCACGGCCAACUGCAACUAUGGAGCAGGUGUAUGAAGCUUGCAGGGCAGCCAGUAUUCAUGACCGGAUCAUGAGUUUCCCUGACGGCUACGAGACAAAAGUUGGCGAGCGAGGAUUACGUCUUUCCGGUGGAGAAAAACAGCGAAUCACUAUUGCAAGAACCUUCUUGCGGUCGCCCCAAAUAUUACUUCUAGAUGAAGCAACUGCUUCGUUGGAUUCCCAGACAGAGCGACAGAUCCAAGGGGCGCUUGAAUCGAUUGCCAAAGGCCGAACGAGCAUCACAAUUGCUCACCGACUGUCUACAAUUACCAAGGCAGAUCAGAUUAUUGUUCUACAUCAAGGACGUGUUGUUGAAAGGGGUACACAUACGGAGUUAUUGUCUGCAAACGGGAUGUACAGUCAGAUGUGGGAGAAGCAGACAAAGGCAAAAGUUAAGGCUGAUGGCGAGGAGCCAAAUAAUGCCUCAUUGGCAAGCCCAGAAUGA